AUGGCCGAGGCGUCGUGUGAAAUCGUGGAAGCCCGUGAUACGCGCGGCAAAUGGCCGCCGAUGGCCGCGGUGGUGCAGUUUCCGAGGCGGUGCGUGGUGUUGCGUGACGUCCGACUGCGUUCGGCUGCGAUUGCGGUUCCGCGUAGGCGCGUGCGGUUGUCGCGUACGCCACGCGGCUUCCUGCGUCGACCGCGUCAACGUCCUGCGGCAACGUCGUCGUUAUCGUCGUUGUCGCCGUUGUCAGCCUCGUCCACGUCGCGGCCGAGUCAGCCAGCGAGGAUCCAGCCAGCCAGCCAGCCAGCCAGCGAGGUGCGGCUGGCGAUGAAAGCCGCGAGAACCGAUCGCGGCACGUCGGUGAUGAAAUCGGUGUCCGAGGGCGAGCUGGGCGUGGAGGAAGAGGUUAAAUCCGCGGAACCGCGCGGCGCCACACGGCUCAAGCGCACCUUUACACUGCCGAGAAACCCGUUUCAAAGUGCCAGCAGCAGGAUGUCGCGGCGACGUCCGAAGCAGCAACAGCAGACCCAUGGGGACUCGAGAGACGCUAACAACGGCGCGCCAAGCGCCAAGGAGAACGCCAGGAACAACGCUCGGGACGGCGUGCAGCCGCCGUCUCAGCAGCAGCAACGACAGAACAACGCAACGGGGAGACUGCAUGGCGGUCAGCAGACCGGCAAUCAGGAUUCCCAGGAGCGACCGUGCGGCAAGAAGGUGUUUCGCCGGCCCUCCUGGAAGAAGUUCAUCAACAAGAUGGUGCGGCACAUGUCAAACGUCGGCACCCAGAGCCACAAGUCCGCCGCGAUGAUCCAUCAUCAACGGUGCAGUGGUGGCGGCGGUGGCGGCGGCGGCGGCGGCGGCGGCAGCGACGACCUCGGCUCGAGCGCGGGUGACAUCAGGGUGCCGCCGCCGCGGCCGGCGCACAUCCCGCCGGAUCGUGUACCGGGUGUCAUAGGCCUACGCAAUCACGGUAACACGUGCUUCAUGAACGCCGUGCUGCAGUGCCUCUCGCACACUGACAUUCUCGCCGAAUACUUCGUCCUGGACCAGUACAAGGUCGACCUAUCGCGCCGCAACAAGCUCAACUCGAAAAAGUACGGCACCAAAGGCGAGAUCACGGAACAGCUCGCGCUGCUCCUCAAGGCGAUCUGGAGCUGCCAGUACGAUCCGGAAAUGAGCACCGCGUUCAAGAGCGUCGUCGACAAAUACGGUAGCCAGUACCGCGGCAAUUUGCAGCACGACGCCCAGGAGUUCCUCCUCUGGCUGCUCGACAAGGUGCACGAGGAUCUCAAUCAGGCAACCAAGAAAAAAUACAAGAUCAUAAAGAACUCAUUUGGCAGACCCGAUGACAUCGUCGCCGCUGAGACGCUCGCGAAUCAUGUGCGGUGUAACAACUCCUUCGUACACGCUGUAUUCCAAGCGCAGUUCCGGUCUAGUCUGACUUGUCCAAGAUGCCACCGACAGUCGAACACCUUCGACCCCUUCCUGUGCGUGUCGGUGCCGGUGCCACAGAAUCAUCGGCAGAUGAAUCUCUAUGUGAACGUCCUUUACACAUCGCAGCAGCCGCGGCAAGUCAAAAUUGGUGUGAGUGUGAAUCAGGCAGCCAACGUGAGAGAACUCCGAGAAAUCCUAGCCAGCGACACCGGCGUAGACGAGAAUCACAUGUUACUGACCGAGAUUCACGAAGAAGGAUUUCACAGAACCUUCUCUGAUUGUCAGCCUCUAUCCGUGAUCAUGGAAAACGAUCCACUUUAUUGCAUUGAGCUGCCGCAAUUGAAGGAACCUACGGAGCAAGCGUAUAUCUUGCUAGUUUGGAUCAACGUUCUCGUAAAGGGGGAUUUGAGGCAACGUUUCGGCAGCCCGUACACGAUGCAGGUAUCACGCGAGACGUCCUACGAGGAUCUGCAGAAGCUUCUGCUCAAGGAGAUGCACAGCACGCUGGCGGAUGACGUUCUUACAACCAGCCAAAGCCCUGGGCUCUUCAAUAUCCGCGUUGCUGAUCCGGCAGCGACGCCGAUCCAAGAUGAGCAUCCUUGUAUCGAUCCUUGCGUAGAGCAUCCUCUUUAUACGGAGCAGAUCGAGCAAGCGUUGGCGCUUUGCGCCGACGACUCGGGUCCGCAACAUGUAAAGUUGAUCCUUGAAUGGGACGAGGCUACCAAAUGCAAUAUUAUACAGGACGACAGUGAUCAGAUCGAGGAACACGCCAGCGUGAAACAAUUAAAAACUAAUUCCGAGCUUGGCGGCGCGGUAACUUUAGAGGAAUGUUUCGAUUUGUAUACGCGAGCAGAAAUAUUAGGCGCGGAGGACGCGUGGCAUUGUCCUUACUGCAACAAGAAACAAGAAGUCGUAAAAAAGCUAGGUCUCUGGUCAUUGCCUGAUAUAUUAGUCAUACACUUGAAAAGAUUUCGUCAGCAAUCUAAGCAACGGUCAACGUCCAAGCUGACUAUGCUAGUGGACUUUCCCUUGUACGGUUUCGACAUGACGCCACAUCUCGCUCACAAUGGAGUUCAGACGACGCAUAAUAACGUCACCAGCUUGGGCGGUCUGGGUUGGUCGCCCUGGAAGAAACCACGACCGCGGCAACACAAUAUUCCCAAGUACGACGAGAAUGUGUACGAUCUCUACGCGAUAUGUAAUCAUCACGGACAGGACCUACAAGGCGGUCAUUACACGGCGUUUUGCAGAAAUCCAUAUGAUACGCAGUGGUACUGUUUCGAUGACACACGCGUAGAAGCGGUCAAUGACACGAAUCUAAUCACAAACUCGGCGUACAUGCUGUUCUACCAGCGAAGAGGCCUGUCCAAUAACUCGACGGGAAAUUCGUCCGCGGCGUCGACGAGCUCGGCUGGUUCUGGUCUGGAUCACUGGGUAUCGAAAAUGCCACCGUUUUAUUUUAAUAAUAAAAGUACCAGUGAUGUAACGAACAAUAAGCAAAGUAAAUCCCAAGAGAUACUAUGCCAGGAAAAAAUCGUCGAGGAGAAGAAUAUGACUAAUUUCACCAGAGGCUGCGGCAACUACGCGACUCUGCAGCCAAAGAAGAGGAACGCAGUGACGGAAACUGAUAUUGGGCAAAUCGAUCAUUAUUCAGACGACGAAGCACCUUGCAGAAGAGAAUGGGCCUCCCCGAAACCUGUGCGUAAGACUUCAUCCAUCACGUUGACGCCACACAUACCGCCAGCAAUAAUUCAGACUGCUAGCAGUGAUCCGAAUACAACGGUGAUACACGAAUCCACGUUGUAACACACAAUAUAAGCCAGACUGAGAGGUCUGGCUCGAGCAAUGCUCAAUGUACAGUGCCUGGUGUGCCGUGAUGUUUGAACAACAUCGAGUGGCGAGAUUAAAAAAAAGAAGAAAGACAAUUCCGAUAGAGUAUAUAUAAAUCCGUUAUUUUUCGAUUACUGAACGGAGGACGCGAUACGUCGAGAGACGACAAAAGAGGUCGUUCCUUCACCUCGAAUUUAUAUAGAAAAUCGCUUUCUCAUGGACGCCGAUAUGAAUGAUGAAUUUCAGCGGCGUGCUUCUCUUCGCGCAUGUUAUUUCAAGAGGUGUAACAAAUCCACACUCAAACGAUUUUUCGAACGAUGAAUAGAAAUACGAGGCAUUAGUAAUUUUUGUAAUUGUAAUACCAUGUUUGUAUACAGCUCGCGUGAAUUGUAUUAUAUGAUAGCUGCUAAGAUAGCUUUUUAAAAGAAAGACAAAUCUUAUACUCAUUAUAUGAAAAAUCGCGUAUAUUCUUAAGAGAAGGGAAAGAAACCUUUAGUUUAUAUUAUACAGUUAGAUAUCUUGAAUGCGAUAGGCAACUAAAUUCUACCUAUGUCCAGAGGAGGAAAAAUAUAUUUCCAAGACCGACAAACGUCGGGUUCGCAUCGUGUCAUCUUACAAUGAAAGUAUAUGACAAUAACGAAAAACAAAUUUGUACGUUACAAAUCCUGCGUUAAAAAUGCACACCUCAUUUUCUCUACGAAUGAUCGUUUCUGGACAUACUGUGUAACUACUCGACCGUUGCUUUGAGAAUCUAUAUGCUUAUAACUGUAAUAUUUAUAUUCUACCUGUAUCAUCCACUAGUGGCCUUAUCUAAGUAAUUAAUACUGAUACACACACGUCACAUUAUUAAACAUUAAUCAUACGUAUUACUCACAACAAGCGUUUUAUUUUAGAUAUCGAGACUGUCUUUUGCGAGAGCCACCGAAAUGUGUAACAUUAAUUCCACAAUAUCCUCGUCUGAUUUAAGAAAUCUCAUUUAGGAAACACUUGUGAAAGUUAUAGUUUAUAUCACAGCCUACAGUCAAGUUCUUCCAAUGACUGUGUGGACACGGCGCUCUAUUAAUGUGAAAAAGAAAAAUGAGCGAUACGGUUUUUCUACAUAACGGAGGACAAGACAAAUCCACAGUUGGUUUCUUAUCUCACACAAUUGAAUAUACUUCAAUCUCCCAAUUUUAACAAUCAUUCCAAUCGGAUGUUGAGUAAAGUGCGAACGUGAGAACAAGCGCGAGCGUGAAAGCGAGAAUUUAUAAAUAUAUAUAUAUGUAUACAUAACAAGAUUAUAUGAGUGAAAGAUGUUUAAGUUAUUUUAUUAAUUAACAUUUAUUACUAGUCACACGUAUCGUGGACACGGGUAGUUAGUAAAACGACAAUUAAAGUGCAAACGACGAAAUGUGUUUAUUACUCGCGAAUUAUGAUUUUUUUAAGUUUCAUCAAUCGACUGAGAAGAUACACACACAUAUACACACAC